GAAGAAACAAAUUGAUGUGAGGUAUAAUAUUUGGUAAUGUUAUAUCUGUACACGUGUUUGUUAUGAAUUGAAAACGUUGUUGGCUUAGCGCUAAGGUCCAACUUUAAUAGACAGUUAUUUAACAAUCCUCUUUUCAUUUAUGCAAAUAAGGCAAGCAGAAGCAGGCGUUCAGGAAAUGUCAUGAGCGAUCGUUUUAAGAAAGUUCAUGAAGGAUUCCGGAAUGUAAUUCUUGCAAGUCAGAAAGGGAAACUUCAGAAACAGUUCAGUUGGUUGGAAAGUCUGCUACAACACAUGCGAAAACAUGCAUUAGUAAGGCUAAAGUUUGCCAACGAUACCAGUAAGUCGAACGACGAUGUGAAGCAAGCUUUUAAAAAGCUGCAGCGAUUCAACGCGGAGUCAACAAAGAUGAAAGUGGAUCUUACGCAGCGAGCACGAUCACGUUGUGCGCAAAUGGCGGUGUUGCUAGAAAUACACCUGAAGCAACCAAGUGUUCAUAGUGAUAUCAAAAGUCGAUUUUAUGCCAAUGAAGACAUGCCCCUUUCAGAUGAUAACAUCGACGAAAUCAGAGCCGAGGUGAAGAGGUAUAUCCAGGGGCUGAUAUUAGAAGAAAUACAGAAAUGGGAACAAGACUCUAAACACUACCAACGCACUGUAACAAUGAUUAACGAGGAAUUUGAAAAGAAAUUUCAGUCUCUGCGGGAAGAGUUUGAAGACGUUGAACGACUUGUGCAUAUUGAGAACGAACCCGACAAUGAUUUCACAGGGACGGAUGAAACACCAACCAACCCGGUUGUUAUCGGAUCAAAGGAUGAAAGGAAAUUGAAACAAUUUCGGAAAGACAGAUCACCGUUUAUGAACAAGUGGUUAAAGGAUUCUUUAAAGGAAUUCUUGAAAUUGAAAUCAAUUGACAAAACUGUGCUUGAAAAUUACGUUUCCAUGUUAAAGAAACGAAUAGAUCAAAUGAGUGCCCGUAUUGUGUCAAAAUCAAUGCAAGCAGACACGGUGCAUUUGAAGUCCAUUUUGAAGGACAAGCGUGAAUCACGCGAGAUUGUUGAGGAUUUUACGGAUAUAAAGACCACCGUUCAAGAUCAUAUUGCGUCAUUGAGAUUGUUAGAGCUACAAUGUCUUGCCAGCGAUAAAGUUAACUGUGUUGACAUAACUCGUGUUAAAGAAAUCGGUACCGGGCAUUUCUCAGAAGUUUAUGCAGCUAAGUAUUUGCAGGAGGACGUAGCACUAAAAGUUAUUAAAACAUCAUCCGCUUCGAUGUUUACACAUUUGUUCGAGUUAGAAAUAUUCAGGAGGUUACAUCACGAGCACAUUGUGAAAUUCAAGGGAGUAUGUUACACUGACAUGUUGCCAGCUGUGGUUGGAGGCGGAAAGCAGGAGAAGCUGAGCAACUUCCGGUUGAUGUUCCUGUUUGAACAAUGUGACACCAACUUGGAAGAUUAUGUAUUUAAUAAUCCUAAACUCCAGUGUGGAAAUAUACCACACAACUCCAGAGGUCAAGCAUCCCAGUUCUUUGGCCGAACAGGACAGGCUGUUUGCUCUGCGAUGUUGUUCAUUCAUGGGAGAGGCUAUGCGCAUAGAAAAAUGCACCUGAGAGGCGUUUUGUUACAAAACGGAACAGUGAAGCUUUGCGGACCAACUUGUAAGCCGGAUACGAACAUAAAUGAUGGAUCUAGAAUUUUGGCUCCGGAAGUUAUGGUACAAGGAAACAUUGGUAAACACACGGAUAUAUUCGAUUUAGGAAUACUGCUGUGGGAACUUUGGUAUGGAAGACGGGCCGCGAUAGAUUUGAAAAAGAUUCGAUCUAUAACCUGCAGACAGCAUCCUGAUUGCAAUGCCAAGCACGCAAUGCCGGAGGGUCUGGCACGUGUUGUAGAGAACUGUUGGGCGCUAAACCCAGAGGAUAGACCUCUUGCCGGUCUGCUGUUGCAAGAAAUGUAUUCGAUUAUGUAACAAUAGAUGCUUUAAAGCUGUUAUUGAUGGUUUUAUGUAACGAAUUGAUGCGUUACAACAACAACGGAUACAAACGUAUAUAUUUUAGGUUUCUCGUUUGAAAUAACAUACCUCAAUACUGGUCUCGGAUUGAUACUUCGACACUAAAUACCAAAACUACAUCUUUAGUUGGAAUGUGUUGAUGUUAUUAUUAAAAGCGGCUUAUGGGCACAUAUCAGACUGUGUGUUUUAUUAUGUGUUUAUGUUUGUUUUACGCGUAAAUGUACAUCUUUUGGAUAAGGCUACACUAGGGGUUUAACUAUAUGAAAUUGAUGACAAUGCUUCACGUUUAAAGUAUAGACUGUAUAUACAUUAAUAUUUUUAUACUGGAGAGUAUAAGUUAAUUUAAGAUAACAUCAAUAAUGCAAAAGACCUACAAAAAAUACUACAUAUGCAGUGUUUACAAAAAAGAUUCGUAUGAACGUACAUUUUGUUGAACAUAUAAGAAUGAUAAUGCAGAAUUUUCAAUGUCGUGUUUCUGUGCAAGUGUACAUGACCAAUAACGACAAAAUACCAGCAUUGAAAUAAGAAAGAAACAAGUAAUACUCUUUUCGCUACAUUGAAUCUGUGCACUUUGUUUUCUUUUUAAGAGAACACUUAAAAAAAUACAUACGUGUACUGGUUUAUAACAAGUCUGAACAAGAUAUGUGUCAAUCGGGCACAUUGCCCCCUGUUUCCAAUUCCGUAUCAUUACUCCACAUAUGUACAAGAUAUGUGGCUUAAUUGUUAGAACUACGUGUUGUUCUAGGAUAAAUUCAUUCUCUGAAGUAACGGCGAUAAAUGACAUGCGUGUGUUUUGUAAUUAAUAUGGGCUUAACAAGAGGUCGGGCAGGCCUUUCAAUCGGUUUAAUCUGUCAAUACUUUUCAUUAAUUGUUCCAAUUAAUGGUCUUGUUCACUUGUAUGCUUAAUUUUUUUUGUAUGUAUUGUUAUGAAUUGUAUAUGCAACAUAUCACAUUACAUAAAUACCCGACUGGAGGAAGGUAUAAAAUUUGUUCAAUAAUCCAUAUAUUUUUAACUCUACAUAUGUUUUCAUAUUUGAUCUUUGCAUCUUGCAUAAUAUAUCUUGGUCACGUUACCGUACAUAAUUUACAUCAAAAUGGAUUCUCAUAUUCAAGCAUAGUACAAAAUUUGUAUUUACUUUAAUAUAAUAAAACAUGAAUGUGUUUUGCCCAUGUUUCUCUUAUAUAUAAUCGAUAUGCAAAAAUGCAUCGGCAUUUAAUAAACAUACAAUAACACUUAAUCAGAUGCUGUUUUGACGGUUUUCAGAAAUGUGAAUGACAAUUAUCCACUGUCUUCAUGUUAUCCUGUCGACUCGUGUUAAAUAUUUUUAUAAAGUAUAUUUUUCUUGAGUACUUUUUUCGCCGCCAGUUUGUUUAACUAAAAUGGUAUUCAUCUGCAAUGUCACGUGAAUUACUACAAAGAGUUACAAUAUCUUUCUUUCCUAUGCAAGCGAUUAUCACUGAAACUACUCGUUUGAAUUCUUAAUGGAGGCUUGGCAUUCUUAGAGAAAUAUUUGAGAGUUUUAAGUGAGACAUCACUAUAUCUUUCCUAUUCAAACGAUAUAUUUCAUUAUUUGUACACUACUAAACCUGGAUAUUGAAUUGUAUGUUGCAAAUAAUGCAAAUAUUGCAAAUAUUGCAAAUAUUGCCUAAUGCAAACUAUUUUUGUGUAUUUAAAAGUAAUGUGUUUUUGUUAAAAUUAGGAUAAUUUUUAAACACGUACGCAACCACAAAUCAUGUAGGCGAUUUUGUUACAUUUGUAGACCAAUUUCUUUUCCAUUACUAUUGUUUUUCAGAGCAUCGUUAUAAACAACCCUUAAUAUACUAUUACUACUAUCUUUCAUUUUCAACCAGUGUUUUAUUUUUCGGAUGUGUAUGUUGAUAUGAAGUGAAUAUCAGCCCAGUGCCACAUAAACUGCAGCACAAAAUGCAUUUAUUACUCUUUGUAUUGUUUUACAAAAUUAAAGGUAAAUUCUU